AUGAGCAUCAUAAUCAUCCUGACGAUUAUGGGAGUUUGCACAGGAGCGCCCCAAUUCCUGGAGGAGCAUUACAAUCCCACACCCUACGCCCACCAAGCAGUCCUCCUAAGCUCAGCGAUGGAAGCUGCACUGCCCCGAGACCUCAAAAAUCAUUUCUACGAGAAUCCCAAGACCGCAGCGGCACUCGCGCAAGAGUCCUGGCUGGCCAACAAAGAGAUGCAGGUGAUCGAUCGCGAGGCAGACAAGAUCCCGAGGCAAAAGAUAUUCGACGCACUGCAACACGCUGGACUCACCCGCUAA